CUUACACCAGGAGCACACUUGAAUCACAAGGAACGCUUCCCAAACAGCUUGAAUCACAAGAAGUACGCUAGCCUGGAUUCCGUUCCUUCCUUCGCCACCACUCAAGACGCUUGAUCACUGGAGCAUCGUGCCUUCUCUUGACCCCGCCAACGCAAACUCUCUCUCUGUCUCAGCAGCGCACCACGUCCCAGACCCCCAAAGUCUUGGUGUAGUCUUAUUAGGCAUUCUUAUUUCCAGUGCGACUCCGAAGAGCUCUUCUGAACAGACAAGAUCGGACUGUGACUGAGUGGAAAAAAUGGCAUUGCCCAAGCGCAUUAUCAAGGAGACGGAGAGGCUGAUGGCAGAGCCUGUACCAGGUAUCAGUGCGGUCCCUCACGAGGAUAAUCUACGAUACUUUGAUGUCUCGAUACAUGGCCCGUCGCAGUCUCCUUAUGAAGGUGGAAUCUUCAAGCUGGAGCUCUUUCUACCUGACGAUUAUCCCAUGACACCUCCUAAGAUUCGCUUCCUCACCAAGAUCUAUCACCCGAAUAUCGAUAAACUAGGUCGUAUCUGCUUGGACGUUCUGAAGAGUAACUGGUCACCAGCCCUCCAAAUUCGAACCAUCCUUCUCUCGAUCCAAGCCCUUCUCGGUGCACCAAACCCAGAUGAUCCACUGGCACCCGAAGUUGCAAAGAGAUGGAAGGAGGACGAACAAGCUGCUAUUGCAACAGCAAAGGAGUGGACACGAACGCAUGCUAUGACUUGAUACUGCU